AUGUCUGCCAAACAGUCCCACCAAGUUCAUUUCAAUCAUCAAGGUGAGGUUGUCUUCAUUGUUGGAUCCAGUGACCUAAGCCAUCCACAACUAAUCUCCUGUGUGAAGCAGUCCAAAAAUCUGGAGGAGAUGCUAGUACAACUGCAUGAGUUGCAAGAGCCAACCCCUCCACCAAUUGUCUCAAGUGGAAGGGCAGAUAUGGUGGGGUUGAACAUGGAUAUCACAGCCAAUUCAUGCGAAAGCUUGCUGGAUCAGUUCCUGCAGGCAAGGGAGCCAACUGCUCUGGCAGAGGGCAGAAUUGCAGCCAUAAUAGAUCCACAUGACAACUUGAUGAAUUGGUUCCUGAAUGAAUGGGAGCAAACUGCUCCCCCAGUGGAUGGUAUGAACAUGGAUCUACUCAAGCAAUUGCUGAAUGUGCAGGAACCAUUGGCACUGCCAGUCACACAUGAGAAAUUAAACAGGAUGGACAGGUCUUCAACACCUGCACAAGACAUUACUAUGCAGGAUAUGAGGGAACCAAUGCCUCCCCCACUCAUUUCAAAUGUACCUGUCAAAUCUUUUGACUUGGCAGUGGAUGAGGACAAUGGCACAAACUGUUUGACUUUUGGCAUGCCUGAACAAUCAGAGAUGAGGGAUCUUUUUGAAGAAAUAUGCAACAGUGAACUUCCAUCCACACAGCAAUCUCUUCAAAUGGAACAAUGGGGAUUGGCACCUGUUCCAGGUUGCAAUCAAGUAUCUUGCUAUUGUGGAAACACCACUCCCAGCGACAUGCCAUUCAAUCCCACCCUUGAUAGGAACCUUGUGCAGGGUGUGAAUGCCAUUGUGAGAGAAUUGGGCACAGCUGCAAGGGACCAGUAUGGUGCAGCCUCUCAGGGCCUUCAACUCAUCAAUAUGCUUGAUUUGAUGGAAGUCAUUCAUUAUCUGCAUUCUGCCUUUGAAAAUUGUCCUGAGCCAUUCAUCACCAGCCAAUCACACCCAUCUCACCAGUCUGUGGUAGAGAUGGGUAUCCUCUACUUGGCAUGCCAGAUUGAGGUGGCCUCUGUGCAUCUGAAGCAGACUGCUGAUAUUGUGGGAUGGCCUGCACAUUGGUUUGCAAACCUAGCAAUGGACUUGUGUUGCAUGCCAGUUAUACUCCUCCCCUCCCAGUGUGCUACCAUGGGUACCUCAGACACCAAGAUGAUGAGUGCCAUCAUCCCACAUUGGACCCCACACACAGCUGAUCCCAAUUCUGGCUUUGCAUUCCCUUGGUGGCUAUAUUGUUCUGAGGAAUAUGCAGCAGAUUCCCAAAGCUUGCAAGGCAAGGGAUUGUUUUCCACAGCCUGGGAAUUUUUUAAGUUGAUGAUGGCCCAGGGCUUAUGGCCAUUGCCUGAGGCACCAAUUUCAGACCGUCUCGAUGGCCAUAUCAAGGAGCAGGUGGUGGGCAUUGCAUGGGUUGUUGGGCAUGCUGCUUCAAUAGUUUACAUGUUUUUGACUAUGGAGUUGGUUGUAUAUACAUUGCUGUGA